AUGGCCACUGCACAAAGACUCCUCAUCACUAUGUCCUGCGAAGCCAGCGUUCACCGGACGUUCCCUGCCUUCGUUCUCCUGGGCUUUCUAGCUGGGAUUGCUUCUACACAUCCCGUUGUAAGCAGAACUAAUGGCACAUUGCUGGAGAGAGGAUGGCAAUCUCUGUUGUCCAGGUCCAUUGCUGGGAUGUCAGGGGAGAAGUCAGAUGUGAACUGGGAGAGUGACUAUUUGCUAGGAAUCAAGAGGCAGCGGAGGCUUUACUGCAACGUGGGCAUCGGGUUUCACCUUCAAAUCCUCCCAGAUGGAAGGAUAAGCGGAGUUCACAAUGAAAACCAAUACAGCCUCUUUGAGAUAUCCACUGUAGAGAGAGGUGUUGUCAGCCUGCUUGGGGUGAAAAGUGCUCUCUUCAUCGCAAUGAACAGCAAGGGGAGGUUGUACGGAACGGCUGUCUUCCAAGAUGAGUGUAAAUUCAAGGAAACCUUGCUGCCCAAUAACUACAAUGCAUAUGAAUCAAAUGCUUACCGUGGUACUUACAUAGCCCUCAGCAAACAUGGGAGAGUGAAGAGAGGAAACAAGGUUUCUCCUGCGAUGACAGUGACCCACUUCUUACCCAGAAUAUGA